AUGUUAAUUGGGUUAUGCGGAGGCAUAUGCUCCGGAAAGCAUGCUAUCGCAGAAUACCUUAUCCAACAUCAAGGGUUUCGACUAAUUAAACUGAGAACUACAAGUUCUCCCCGGAUAACCGAUGAGCCCGAAGAUGACCUUCGGCUCCGAGCUUCUACACUUGGGAUAAAUGACGACUCGUCACAACUGGUAUUUGAUAGUGUCGAUAGCCUCAUCAGCUUUGCAACCGAAAGAUGGCAAGAAAAUUUGGUCACAACGGAUAUCUGGGAUGGCGCCACGCUAGACCGUUUUCUUCUACGUCCUUUUUUCCUUCUUGUCAGUGUUGAUGCCCCAGUUAGUCUCCGAUGGAAGCGAUUUGCAGAAAGAUGUCAAAAGAGACAGCUUGAUCCCCCGCCUCUUGAAAAGUUCGUUCUUUGGAACGACCAACAUUUAUAUGAGAAGGACGUUGGGAGUGCCUACUUAACAGACCGGGCACAAGUCCGGUUGUUCAAUUCUUCGUCUUCACUGGAAGCAUUACACGAGGCAAUCAGGACACUCAAUUUGGGUGACGAGGAGCGUGUUCGCCCAAACUGGGAUCAAUAUUUUAUGCAGCUGGCUUCCCUUGCUGCACAACGAAGUAAUUGCAUGAAACGCAGGGUGGGAUGUGUCCUUGUCCGAGAACGCCGCGUCAUUAGUACCGGGUACAAUGGCACUCCACGCAAUCUCAAAAAUUGCAACGAAGGUGGAUGUCCAAGGUGCAAUCGGGGCGAAGGUGGGGGUGUUGGCCUAUCAACCUGCCUUUGUCUUCAUGCCGAAGAAAAUGCAUUGCUGGAGGCUGGAAGAGAGCGCAUACGAGAAGGUGCAACUCUCUACUGUGAUACAUGUCCUUGUCUAACAUGCACCGUCAAAAUCGCGCAAGUUGGCAUUAGUGAAGUGGUUUAUUCACAGGGCUACAACAUGGACCAGGAUAGUGCUGCAAUCUUGGAAGCUGCCGGUGUACGCCUGAGGCAAUUUUCUCCUGUGAGCUAUCAAGCCGUUUACCUUGAACCUUGA